AUUUAUUUGCAAAAAAUACACAAGCGGCCAUGCCCGACGUGUAAAAUCUGCGACGUCGAAAAAAUUUUCACCACCGUUCUUUCACCGCGACGUCCAUUUGCAACAAGUUUUUUAGAAGAUUUUUUCAUCAAAGCGGUUCUUGCUCUCGUCCAAAAUAGAAAUUAUAUCCUUUGACAAAACGAUAAUCGGAAGAUCUCAAACUAUCUGCGAAGAUCUUUAUUUGCGAUUUUCUCAUACUCAUCCCACCGCCAUCUCUUCUACAAGACCCUGAAUCUACUUCUGAGACCUGUCCAUUUUGUUCUAUACCCGCAGCGACAUGUUUGAAAGUAGCCCUAUGUAUGAAAAAAAAAAAACGCAAAGAAAAAGCAGAAAAGCAGUAUAGGUGGACUUUUGAGCAGCGUCUUGCUUUUUUUCAAGCGUUGUAAAAAAUACUAGAGCAACCCUUCUUUCGAUACUUUGGUCAAUCUCGCUUUUCGAAUCCUAACAUCAAAUCUUUUUCCAUCAACACGGGAUAAUUUCAUCUAAAACCAAUAGCGGAAGCGAGUCGUUUUCACAGUGCUACGUUGUGUUAUUUCUGAGUAUUCUGACAAACCGGUUGAAGUUGUUUCGAUGACAUACUAUUGUCGAGCAGUUUUGACGUACUGAUAUAACCACCGUAAACAGAACUUUAAAGUUCAUUUGUUUUUUUUUGAUAUUGCACAAAAAAAAGACCAGAUCCCAUCAUCUGAAAAAAGAAAAAACUAUGGAGGGUCAAGACCCGGCCCAGAUGCAGGCAUAUGAAAGGCAAAAAUGUCUGGGCCUGGAAGAAUACAAACUUGUGAUGCGCAUUUCAGAACACAGAAAAAUCUCUCGUGCAUAGGUAGCAAAAGCUGUCCACUUUCUGUCACCAAAAUGGGGCAUUUGUCAUGCGAAUUCGGCAUUGCGAACGCUUCGCGAAACCUGUGAUGCUAGAGUGUCCAUGCCAGACCUUCUGCGUCAUGCAAAAACAGCAUGACUCUUCCAGACCCAGACAUUUUUGCAUUUGAUAAGGCAAUGAUGCUUGCCAUGCAGCAGAACAUGGCCAUGGGAGCGGCCAUGGGUGGCGGUGACGGUGCUGUACCGUGAGGAAAAAUCCCCCCUCCCCAUAUUGAAAACGUAUGUUCCUAAAAAUUUGUAAUGCUGAUUUGUGACCACAAAUCCUGUCUCUCUUGCAAGAAGGCAAGUCCAAAGAAGUCGCAGCCUUAUGGAGGCGAUUCGUAAUGCGGUUUCACGUAGAUGGCAGGCCUCUGUCAUGCGAAGUGCCUACAACAAAACACCCCUACGCAGGCUGAGGCUUUGCUUGUAGUGCCUCACUGCAAGACAGGGCUGAUCUGUGUACACAAAUCCAGCAACAGAAGUUUCCGUAACAAUAUGGGGAGGGAGGAUUUUUCACUUUGAUAUACUGCCGCUGGAGCCGAUGCCGGCGGCGACGACCCGGGCGCGCAGCUGGCGAUGCUGCAACAGCAACAGCAGAUGCUCAUGCAGCAGCAGCAGCAAUUGCAACAGAUGAUGGGAAGUGAGGGCGGCGAUGAUCCGAUGGGCGGCAUGGGAGGCGGCAUGAUGGGUAUCCAAUGCAAAUUAUAUCUAUGUCUGGAUCAUAUCUGGAAACUUGUGUUGCUGAAGCUUCCAUUGCAGAGUAGGCACGUGAACGGCAUAACAGCAUGAGAAAUUAUCUCGCGAGGCUGAUUGCUGAUUCCUUCGUAUUAAAACGCAUGACCAGCUGAGUUAUUUCACGGCAUGAUAAAAAAACUGCCCAUUCAUGCAUUACGGAUUUUGUUGUUGUCCUUGAAGUCUUUAGCAUUACAAAUCCAGACCCAGAUCACGAUAAACUUUUGCAAUGCAUAAUGGGAGGUAUGCAGCAAAACCCCCCUGGCAUGGGCAUGGCGCCGCCGGGCAUGUUCCAAGGCACCGGCGCGGGCGGUUUUAACGGCAACGGCUUCGGGAAGAAUAACAAGGGGAAGAAGGGGAAAGGCAAGAUGAACAACAACAAGAACAACUGGGGCAAUAACAACAACAACUGGGGCAACAACAACUGGGGCAACAACAACAACGGCUGGGGCGGCAAUAAUAACUGGGGCAAUAACAACAACUGGGGCAAUAACAACAAUAACUGGGGCAAUAAUAACAAAGGUGGCGGGAAGUGGAACAAUAACAAAGGAAAUAUCCUAGAUGCAAAAACGUCCUCACCCCAUAGUUGUCUUUGUCAUGCAAUAAUCUGCAUGCUGCAAAUUAUGUUUCUCAUGCGGACGAAUCAGGUCCAUGAGACGCAUUUUUUUGAAGGCGUGUUUUGGAUAAUUUGUCAUGCUAAUAAUAUCAGCAUGAUAUUAUUCUAGAUCUGUGAUGCUGCUGGGAUACUAGCUCAAACAGCACUACACUACGAGUCUCAAUGUGUCAUCUGCAAAACAGCCAAAGCUUGUGGAUUUGUGUACUUAGCCGUUUUCAUCCGAUCUUGACUAUGGGGUGGGGAGGACAACGUUUUUCCACAGGAUAGGAAAUAAAGGCGGCGGGAAAAAUUGGAUGGGGGAUAUGCAUGUUCCCGUUGGUGGAGGCAAAGGCAAGAACCAGUAUGACCCGAUUGCAUCCGUCCCCGUUCCGCAAAAGAAGCCCCCGCGCGAGUCCAACGUUUUGUGUAUCGUGAAUUACCCGGAGCAGUACGAUGACAGCGAGUUAACCAUCGCGGUGAAUGAGUUCGUGACGGCCGAGUCGUUAGAACCCCCCUGCAACAUCUACAUUCAACAGGCGGAUGAACAGAUCUCUAAGACUGGGAAGGCAGGUAAGGGCAUGUUACAACAAAACGAAUCGAAAACUGGAAAACUCGGUAUUGGCGGUUAAAAUUGAAGCGAUCUCACAUCAUGGUGCAGUAGAAGUUCUGUCAGUCUAGGAAGCUGGAAUGUGCACUGUGGUCGAAUAGGAUCUUCGAAAUGUCCGAUGUUGAUCCGACAUUUACAAAAAACAAGUGCACGGGGGCCUAGACGGGAAAUUCUACACUGUACCUCCAUCUUCGAGCUCUCCUGACCAGCUAGAAAUAUUAUGCUGGUCGGGCCUCGGAGGUGGACUACAUGCAAAUGUAACUGGAUAUUAUCAAGAAAGAAAAACACGACCACUUCUAUCAGGUUUCCUGGAAUUUACCGGCAUCGACGGUGCGAAGGCCUUUUUGGAGAUUUCCAGCAAGGAUAAUGCCAACAUUCAGCUCCAGACCAACUUUGCUGGGCAGGUCCAGCAGCUCGGAGCCCGGUUCAAGGUCGGCGUGGGGAAAUUUCCGAUCAACUACUACAAUGUAUGAGAGUGCACAACUCCCUUUCCCCCUCAUUUCUCAUGCAAAACCCAAAAUCCAACUGCUUCCCUUGUAUCACUAGUAUGCAUGACAAAUUCACGAAGUAGCGCAAACAGUACUACACUAGAACUGCAUGAAUUUGCCAUGCACAGGCUCUGCGUGUGCUGGUGUUUGUAUUGCUGUUCAUGCAAUACAAAUGAGGGGGAGGGGGAGUUGUGCACUGUCAUACAAUGAGCCCGGUACGGAGGAGCCGGAAGAAGAGGCGGGUCCGGGUGCUGGCCAGAUGGGAGCCAUGGGCGGCGCCGGUGCCGACCUGAACGCGCAGAUGCAGGCGGAACUGAUGCAGAUGCAGCAACAGACGCAGGAGCCCCCGGCGCCGCUGACGGGGGAGCAGGCGAUUGAACUGGAGAUGCAGCAGGCCAAGGCCGCCCAGGCGGCGCAGCAGGCGCGACUCGCGGCCCAGACCGCGGACGCGGACGCGCAGGGGGCGGAAGCCACGGGUGGUGCGGCGGGUCCGAAGCCCGGGUCCGAUGAGUUUAAGGCGCUGAUGGCUGCGCAGAUGCAGAGAACCGGAACGACUAUCAGAUGUAAAAUAUGCUAGCGCUGCUUGGUGUCAUGCUGAAAUUGCAAACUAAAGAUUUUCAGUCUUAUUACUCUGCACGUAGUACUAGUACUACUAUCCGAUCAUUACAACAGGAUCAUGCCAAGAGAUCCUGUUGUACAAGAACUCUCAGCUCGCUGCUCUGUAGUGUAGUAUCGGAAGAUCUCUUGUUAACUACACAGGGUAGUCGUAGUUAGUACUUUUGUAGUUCUGUGGAGUUUUCAUAGGCAAAAAUGUCCUCAGACCAUUUAUUUCGCUCUUGUUUUCAUGACCUCAGCCUGACAAAGGUUGAUAGCAUAGUUUGCUCUACGAUAGUGCAGGCUGUCCCAGCAACCUGGGGAGGGAACGAAUCUUGGGGCGAGGAUUGGAAUAACUGGGGACAAGGCGGUGGAAAGAAGGGCGGCAAAGGGGGCAAGGGGAAGGGCAAGGACGGCGGCAAAGGGGGAAAGAAGGGGAAGAAACCCCAGCCGGUGGUAUUCUACGUAAAAACGUCCCCACCUCAGAGGCAAGAUGGAAAUUUUGCAACACAAAUCAACACCGUUUGCCUGUUGCGCAUGACAAGUGUGGGCUCGCUGCGGUAUAAUCUGGCAUAGGUAGUGCAGCCGCAGGAGAACAUAGCGACCCUCUUAUCCUGAUUCUAGCAUGACAAACUCCCGGACAAAAUUAGAAAAUGCCUCUCAUCUCGUGUCUGCGCAUGACAAACUUUGUAGGCAUGCAGAUUCGCAUGACAACUCCGGGGUGGAGACUUUUUUACGCAGGAUAGGUGGUGACGAACAACAAACCGCGGUCUGAGCCGAGUAACACGAUCAUUCUCAAGAACCUGCCCGUGCAGACGACAGACGAGGAUAUUAAAACGUGGUUCCAACCUUCGGGAGUGGAAGUUUUCCGGGUCCGACUGAAAUUGGACAACGCCACCUACGGUUUCGCGGAGUUCAAAUCCACGGAGGACGCCUCGCAAGCGAUCGGCUACUUGGAUUCCUUUGGCACCACGCCGCCCAUGCUGGGGGGGAACAAGGUACAGCUCUUAUUAGGCGUUUUGUGAUUUUAAUUUUUGUAGAAGUUGUUUUUUACAUUAUUGAGGAAACUAUAACUGGUGUUGACUAUAAUUACAUUACACUUCUGAAGAUGCAGGCAGGAUUAGUACGUAGUAGAUGUUGGCGGAUUUUUGAUUCUGUGUGUUAACAACAUGAGGACCGCGGGUAUAGAUAAACGAGGAGCUGCCAAUUGACGUUGUUUCGUUUUGAUAUUUCUAUUGCACAAAAGAUCAUUCGAUAUUCUAUUAUCCAAAAAACAGAUUCACUUCGAUUUUGCGGCCAACACGAAUCACACCAAGGGUAAGGAUGAGCAGAUGGUUUCUCAAUUCACCGGGUCAAAAUCUCUUUUUAUACCCCUUUGAUACACUUAAGUUGUCAUGCGCAGCUAGCAUUUGUCAUGCAGGUGAAAUUUUGUUUGUAGACGAACUCGAAUCUUGAUCCUCGCUAGGAACGACCAAAUGCAACAAUUGUCUAUGUUUUAAAUAUCAUUGCUAGUUGUGCAUGACAACCUGUCACAAUGACGUGUCUUACAAUCAACUUGAUUUUUCACUGCAUAUUAUCAAAGAAUUAUCUUGGUUUUUGUAAAAGACAUUCUUGACCGAUUUUUCCCCGGGUCCGAGUUUUUCCUUGCAUACCGAGCAUGAGCCGAAUACACGGGGAGAUUCCGUACGAUCGCGGGUUCGGAUCCCAGGUGAAAGGCUCCUCCACUGGGGUCAAAUACGAGAUCGAGGAAGACCGCAAUGGCCGCAUCCACGUGCUGGGUCGCGAACGGGACCGUCGUCGCGACUCCCGGGACCGCGAGCGUGGGCGCCGGGACCACGACCGGGAACGGGGCCGUGACCGUGAGGACCGUGACCGGGAGCGCGAACGUGACCGUGGGGGUGACCGGGACCGCGAGCGCGAACGCGGCGACCGCGACCGCCGGGACGAUAUGCAUUGCAAAUAUCGAUCUCAGUCUGCAAAGAACUUGUGAUGCAAGGAAGGGAAUUGUAGUGAAAACACUGUAAUAAUAAUGUGCUGCCCAACAUGGCAAGUCAUUUUUCCGUGGUUUCAUCUGUAAUGCGUACUCCGCAUUAGAAACUGCGUUUUUGCAUGACAUGCAAGAGGGGCUCCUCCGACGGCCCUACGCAAUACAGAGUGCAGAGUCAUGCCAGACUAGCAUGACAAAUCUCGCAAUCUCCCAGACAGAGACAUAUUUGCCGCUGAUAGACGACCGUGACCGGGAGCGUCGUGGCGACCGGGAUGAUGAGAAGCGGGGUGACCGUGACCGCGAGCGCGGCCGGGACCGCGACCGUGGCGACCGUGAUGACGAUGACGACCGCCGCGAUCGCCGGGAGGACCGCCGGGACCGCGAUGAGGAGAAAGCUUCCCGCCGGGACCGCGACGAGGAGAAGGCUUCCCGCCGGGAGCGGGAGGACCGCCGCGAAAGGGAUAAUAAUGAUGACGACGAUGACGAGGUGGUCGCGCGCCCAAAGGACCGCGUACGCAGGCGUGACUGA